CGUGGCUUCAGGACGGGGAGUGGCGCCCCGGCGACCAACAUGGCAACCGGCCGGGCAGCGCCCGCCGCCGCUUCCGGGUUCCGCGAGGCCGGCCGGGCUGCUUCCGGCAGCGCGAUGGCUGGGUUCCCGGGACUCGAACGGAACUUCCGGCGGGGGCGGCCGAGGGGAAGAGUGUGUGUCUGUGCGGGAGGAAGAGGAGACUCGCCCGCGAGGUCUCGGAAGCCCCAGGGAGUGGAGGCCCCAGCCUUGGAGCCUGCGGUGUAUGUGCGGUAACAGCAUGUCUGUGCCCCUGCUCACCGAUGCUGCCACUGUGUCUGGAGCUGAGCGGGAAACGGCGGCGGUUAUUUUUCUGCACGGACUUGGAGAUACGGGGCACAGCUGGGCUGACGCCCUCUCCGCCAUCCGGCUUCCUCAUGUCAAGUACAUCUGUCCCCAUGCGCCGCGCAUCCCUGUAACACUCAACAUGAAGAUGGUGAUGCCUUCCUGGUUUGACCUGAUGGGGCUCAGUCCGGAUGCCCCGGAGGAUGAGGCUGGCAUUAAGAAGGCAGCAGAGAACAUCAAGGCCUUGAUUGAGCAUGAGAUGAAGAACGGGAUUCCUGCCAACCGCAUUGUUCUGGGAGGUUUUUCACAGGGUGGGGCCCUGUCCCUCUACACGGCCCUUACCUGUCCCCACCCUCUGGCUGGCAUUGUGGCACUGAGCUGUUGGCUGCCCCUGCACCGGGCCUUCCCGCAGGCAGCCAAUGGCAGUGCCAAGGACCUGGCCAUUCUUCAGUGCCAUGGGGAGCUGGACCCCAUGGUUCCCGUACGGUUUGGGGCCCUGACAGCCGAGAAGCUCCGGUCCGUUGUCACCCCUACCAGGGUCCAAUUCAAGACCUACCCAGGUGUCAUGCACAACUCCUGUCCUCAGGAGAUGGCAGCCGUGAAGGAGUUUCUUGAGAAGCUGCUGCCUCCUGUCUAACCAGACUUGCUGGCCCCCAGCGCAGUCCCCUAGUUCACAGGGGACCCAGCACGCGCAGCACCAUCUUGGAUCUGAGCCGGCCGAGCCCCUGUCCCCACCCUCCCUGACCUGUUCUCUUCCCACAGGCCUCUGAGGCAGGCGGGAUGAGCCCGGCCAGGCCUUCCUUCCCGACCUCAGCCACCUGGCUCUCUGCAGCCGGCAGUGGGCCACUUUCUUACCCCGUUUCCCUGGAGGUGGGCCCCCUGGCAGCAGUAUUGGAGGGGCUGCAGGCAGCGGGAGAAAGGGGCCCAGCCGCUGACCCACUCACUCAGGACCUCACUCACUAGCCCCACUUUGGGCCCCCUCCUGUGACCUCAGGGUUUGGCCCCUGGGGCCCUCCCAGGCCCCACCUCCAAACCACCCCACCGGAAUCUGCCCAGAUAAUCGUGUGUCUCUCCUGCCUCCGCUCCAGCUGCUUCUCAGUCAUGAAUGUGCCCGUGGCCCGGGCCCCCUGGCUGCUGUGGGCUGCCUGCCCCUGCUGGGCGUGUCGGGUCAGGAGGCAGAGUCCUUGGAGGGGGCCUUUCCCUCAGCCGUUUCCCCAACUUGGGGGCUGGGCCCUGCCUCCCCGUUACCCUCCUUCUCUGCAGGCCUGGAGCCUGCAGGGUUGGACUGAGGCUCAAGGUGUCCCCCAGCUGUCUCCUCCCCACCUUGUCCCCACUCUAGGGCCAGGGCAGUGUCAGGGGGGAGUCGUGUCUUGUCUUCUGUCUCCAUGUGGUUUUGGGUGUUUUUCUCGUUGUGUCCUGGAUUCCGAUAAAAUUAAAGAAAUUGCUUCAACUCUUA